UAAUCUCGUUCAGAGUUAAUAUUGACUCGUUAGCUUAUUUGAGCUAAUGUGAGAUAGCUGAUUAAACUUCGACGACGUCAAGUACUUUUUGUCACAUUCGUUAGUUUUACGUUGUUUUCGAUAACUUACAGCAACAUACAGGAGGAUUAAAACUUAUUAAUGACCGUCACCACUCACCAAAACAUCGAGCAGCGCGUGACUGUCAGAUUAAUUGGCUCGUGCGUUAGCAGAAUCAAGCAGAAGGUUAGAACUUUCUAAUCAGCACCUCCUGCUUUGAAAACAGUGUGACAAACUACAAAAUACAAGAAAAAGCUGCAACAAAAAUCACUCUGACUCCACCCCCUGAAUGUUUGCGUUCGGAGAAACAAAACUCUCCCAUAGUGCUUCCGUGGCAGAGCAUUCAUCGUGAGAGACUACGUUAUUAACUACAAAGAUGCACUGCAAUCGUUCAAGAACAGACUGAUCAGCACUUCCUGAAAAGAUGUCAGACACUCUGCACAAGAAACCUCAAGUCGUCCUCUGUGACCUUUGUACAGAGGAGGACAGACAACCAGCACGGAAGACCUGCAUGAAAUGUGAGAUCUCCAUGUGCGUGCAGCACCUCAAGGCCCACCUGACCAGUCCUGUGUUGCUGCAGACUCAUCCUCUGACUGAGCCCAUAGCCUCAGGGGAUGGGGGCUUAGUUGGGACCACCAAAUGCCCCCAACACGGCAAACUUCUGGAGUACUACUGCUUGCACAACUUGACCUGUGUGUGUGUUUCCUGCGCUAUUGAAGACCAGCACCGCCCGCACAAUCUGAAGACCUUCUCCACAGCACACAAAAAGCUCAGGGAAAAGGUUACAGCUGAGCUGAGGGCCUUACAGGUGAAGACUGAUGGUGAGAGUGUGAAUCUAGAGAAGUGGGAGAGGAGUGAGAGUGAGAAGCUGGGUCGCUCCAGUGUUCGUCUCAUUGAGGCUGUGACUAAUAUGCGCGACCUUGCCCUGACCAGUGUCCAGAGUUCAGUCUCAGCUCGCAUGGUGUCUAUCAAAACCAGCAAGAGCAGCUUGCAAGCAGCAAAGACAGAGGAGGACACCUUCAGGUUCCUGCAGAUGUAUUCUCAGGUGCAUCAGGGUUUGGAAAAGGCCAAGGCUGUGAAUCUGAGGAAAGGGUUAGAGCCUGGCAGUGAUCGCGACAAACUAGUUCAAGAGAUCAGAGAGAAAGGCGAAGAAAUAGUGGAGCAGGCCAGCCACUUUUGGGAAUCCUUGUUGAGUCAUGUUGAACCAGAGACCCACCAGGAGCUCAGUGCAGCUGGCUCAGACCUGUUCUUCGAACCACAGUCUUUGGGCCAAGGUGUGACACUGUCCAAAGACAAGAGGACAGCCUUCUCCACCGGUCACCCGGGGAAGAGCAUUUUACUCAUUAAGGGCAUAAGGUCCUCCACAGUUCCUGCCUUUUACAAAUGGAGGAUCAGCCUCUCCAAAGACUUUGACUGGGCCAUUGGCUUAUGUGACAAAAACUAUGCCAAGGAGUUAGAAGAUGGAGAAAUAUAUGGAUUGUGCUGGAAAAAUAAUCAGCUCAGCUCUCUCAUGACAGAGUAUCAUGAGGUUUUUAAUGCAACCCCAGCAUCAUCAAUCUUUGAACAACCACCCUUUUCUGCCAAACCAGAAAAGCAACGACAGGUUUCUCUUCAGGUGAUCAAUCCUCCUGGUGAAGAUGUGGGAAAACAAAUGGCCCGCCCAGAAAUAGUGGAAGUGGCGUGGAGCCCUCCUAACUUGCUAUCUUUCUACAACCUGACCAGCCUGCAUCAUAGGAGAAAAUUAGUCACAAUAACAAUCAACUCCAGAAACCAGUGCCUCACUCCUUUUGUGUGCUCGGAAAUGGACGAGCUGCAAAAAGGCUCAACUGGGGCAUUGGGAGUUGGAUUUAUAAAUCAGAAAGUGCGGCGGAAAACCUUACAUGGAAACAUAAGACAAUUAGAUUUGGGUGGCUUUGAUUUCAUGCCUUUCCAGCAGACCGGUACUUUUGGAAAUUUGGAUCGUGACUUGUGCAUCACUGAGGUGCUUUGUGAACUACUCUAAUCAAUAACUAUGAUGUUGCCUUCCGCCCACAUUAACACAUUUCCUUUUCCGCAGUGUUUUUCAUACCCAACAUUACUGGCAUUGCAUUUUUUUAUUCAUGUACAUAUGGACUGUACCAGCACUCACUCAGUAGUAGACAGAAAUGUUUAAAUAACAACGUGACCAUUUUUCCUUCACUCAAGUUUAACCAUCCUACAAAGCUUUACAGUGCAGGGCUAUAAUCAAGUACACACUGUCUUUAAACAACACACAUAUAGUAGUCUCAAUAGUCAUGUUCUGUCUGAAUGAAAAUGCAGUUUUAUCAUACCAUGUUUACCGUUUUCACCUGAUGCCUUUAUUUGGGAAUUAUGAUUAUUUAAAUUUUUACAUUUUGGGAGUUGCUUGUAAAGUUCUCUGCAGGAUUACUUUGUGUUUGUCUCCAUCUAGGGGUGGUGACUGUGCCAUUGCAGUCUCACAGGCUGUUAAAGUACAUUUGGAUUAAGACAAGCAACAAGGACUUCAUGCAGAGUUGAGUUGAGUUGAGUAACUGUUUUCAGCCUCAAAAUGUUAACAUUUCCGAAGUAGCAUUAAGAAGACACUGAUAACUGAUUAGAGUGUAGACUUCAUGAUUGGGGAGUUUGUUUCUGGUCAGUUUUAUUCAAUAGAGAUCUACCUAGGAGUAAAUAUAUGACAUUACCAUUUCUCUAACUGCAGUUUGUCACUUUUAUUGGUCAAAUCUGUAAAAAUGUUUCUGUAUUUUGUAUGUUUUUUUGGAUUAGAUAGACUGCAUACUGUCAGUAAUAACCAAAUAACAGAAUAAAUAACAGAAUAGCCAAAGUAUUGGUUAUUAAACCCUAUUUGGCCCCCUUUCUUCCCAGUGAGCACUAACCAACAUUUUAAAGUUGAUAUUUGGUUGGAAACAGGGUGAAGACAGGUCUGAAUGUACAAGACCUCUUUUUAAUCAUUUUGCAACUGAUUAAAAUGUUGGAAAACACAACUUUUUAAAAUCAUUUUGAUAAUUUGUACAGUUAAGCAAUUAAAGGAUGACAAAAAUGAUGGAUCUAAAAUUAAUUUUGCAGCAAUGUGAUACAAAACACUCCAACAGAGUUUAUAGUUUAAUAAAAACACUGAUUUACGGGCUGUGUUAUGUUAACAAGGAGGUUCCAAGUCUUGUGAAGUGAGCAGAUCAUUAUCUUAAGUACUCAGUGAAAAAACUUUAAUUGAAAUAUCUUUUGAAUGGA